CGCGGGGCGAGACCGAGCGCGCAGUUCUCCGUCUCUUCGCCACACGUUCGUUCGCGAUUUUCGUUCGCUCGAAGAUUGAGAUCGGCUCAGAUAUCGAAACGCGUCGCGUGAUCUUCUGAGCGCUAAUAGAUAUGGGCUUCAGUGCCGGCGCAACGUUGCGCUAUAACGUAUGAGGGGACUGACAGGAGGACUAGGACCUGGAGUGACGUGACAGUGAAACGGGGACCCUCAAAUUAUGUGUAUGACGGAUUGAGCAGUGCAGUGACCGACCGUUUAAUAUUGUCCUCUAGUCCCCCUAGUGAUUGUUAUUGAACACUGUGAGACGAAAGUCUCAACCACGGCAGCAAAAUUGAGCUGGAGUUGCAACGGUCCGCCGGCCACUUUAUGAGAGCCGGCGGCAAUAUGUGCGACGGCUCCUUCCCCGAAGCUCUCCGCAUGAGCGUUCAGGGGAUGACGGGUACAUCUCCACCGGGUAGUGUCAGUCACAUGGCAGUAGCGGGCCUCGCGGGGGGUAGUGCACUCGGUUCGGCAGGCAAGAAGAUGCAGGCGGAGCACAUCAAACGGCCCAUGAACGCUUUCAUGGUUUGGUCACGAUUACAACGACGGAAGAUUGCGCAAGAAAAUCCGAAGAUGCACAAUAGCGAAAUUUCCAAGAGACUCG